UAACUUUCUGCUAGCAUGCAAACAAGGACCUGUUAGCUAAUGUGAGCAGUGUUAACAACAAGGUUUUGCCAUCAGGUUUGGUCAUUUCCUAGUGUUGCUAUUUACUGUUAAACACGCUUUUAUUAAUAACGCUUUGACCGCACAUAGAAGCUUCCUUUGCCAGGUUUGGUUAUCAGUACAAACACCGCUACGAGGCUCGAGUUACUUUACAAGGAUGCAGGUGCAGAGAGUCGUCCUCAACUCACGGCCAGGUAAAAACGGGGCGCCAGUUCCUGAGAAUUUCCGCCUGGAGGAGACGACUUUAGCACCUGAGCUGAAGGAUGGGGAGGUCCUUGUUCGGACGCUUUACCUCUCAGUCGACCCCUACAUGCGCUGCAGAAUGAACGAAGACACCGGUGCCGAGUACCUGAGUCCAUGGCAGCUGUCGGAAAGUGUGGAUGGCGGUGGGGUCGGCGUGGUCGAGUCCAGCCGCUGCACCACCUGCGCUGAGGGAGAUGUGGUCACGUCGUUCAACUGGCCUUGGCAGACCCAUGCUGUUAUGGCAGGGAGCGGCUUACAGAAGGUCGAUCCGCAGUUGGUUGAUGGGCACUUGUCCUACCUUUUGGGUGCAGUUGGAAUGACAGGCCUCACUGCGCUGCUGGGCGUCAGGGAGAAGGGUCAUGUGACCAAAGGGGCCAAUCAGACGAUGGUGGUCAGUGGUGCAGCUGGCGCCUGCGGCUCCUUAGCUGGACAGAUCGGCCGGCUGGAUGGAUGCGUGAGGGUGGUUGGGAUCUGUGGUUCAGAUGAGAAGUGUAAAGCUCUAGUGGAAGAUCUGGGCUUCUCUGCAGCUGUAAACUAUCGGCAGGAAGAUGUCACGGCAAAACUCAAGGAGAGCUGUCCCGAUGGCAUCGACGUUUACUUUGACAACGUGGGAGGCGCCAUUAGUGACACUGUUAUAGCACAGAUGAACAACGGCGGCCACGUGAUCCUGUGCGGGCAGAUCUCGCAGUACAACAAAGACGUGCCUUAUCCUCCGCCCCUGAGCGACGAGACCCAGGAAAACCUGCGAAGCAAGAACAUCACCCGGGAGCGAUUUAUGGUGCUGAACUACAUGAGCAAAGUCGACGCUGCCCUCUUUGAGCUCAGCCAGUGGGUCAAAUCGGCCCAGAUCAAGGUGCUAGAAACUGUGGUGAAUGGUAUAGAAAAUAUGGGAGUUGCAUUUUGCUCCAUGAUGAAAGGGGGAAACAUUGGCAAGCAAAUUAUAAAGAUCUCAGCCUGAAGAAAACAACCGCUGUUUCCAGCAGAGACUGCGCCUGGGAAAUUAACCCCCAUCUGCCUGUUUGUCACCACCAUUAACACUAACUUAAUGAACUCUAGCAAAGUAUUGCAUUAAUUAACUGAUGCCGGCUGAUUGCAACCACGCACUGUAAGUGAAAAAUCAAUUAAGAACGAAAUGACGUGUAAAGAAUGCCUAGAAGAAAAGUCUUGAUUUUAAUUACCUGUUGAUUCAGACUUUUGAAAAAGGGGCAGCAGGUACAAAUCUGGAGAAAACUAUUGCAUUACUGCUUCAUGGUAUGAACCUAAAAAUCAUGCAAUUACUGCAGAUUUAAUAAGACAUUAGCAGAGGUCGUCUUGUAACCUCAAUACUGACAAAGGGCUGUCAAACAAGUUAAACAUCCAUCCAUCCAUUAUCUAUACACCUCUUAAUCCUCACUAGGGUCAUGGGGGGCUGGAGC